CAUGUACAGUGCGUGCCUUAUUUACUAGCAAAAGAACAGGUCGUCUCUGAAGCUGGAGUUUGAAAUCAAAUACCUACUGGUUUAUCUUGUACAAGCUGUCAGUGUGGGUACGUCGGACGGUCGUGGUCUUUACCAACAUUAGGAUCCAUGGCUCUGACUCAUUUCUCCAGUAUAAUCACACUGUCCUUACACCUAAUCCUGUUGACAUCACAUUGCGAUGGGGGAAACAUAUUGGUGUUCCCUGUGGAUGGCAGCCACUGGAUUAAUAUGAAAAUACUACUGGAAGAACUUCAUUCCAGAGGACACAACAUCAGUGUGAUUAGGUCUUCUACCAGCUGGUACAUUCCAGAAAAAUCCCCCCUCUACACAUCCAUCACCAUUGAAAUGAAUGAAGGUUUAGAGAACUUUUUUGACAUAUAUCUACAAGAGCAAAUGAGGGCACAGCGAGAAGGGGCUUCACUUUUGACUUUCUUGAAGCUCACCAAGGAUUUCCUUUCUAUGAUUACUCAAGCCCAUUUGCUGUGGUGCAAUGCUACAAUUCAGAUUUUUCAGAAUCCGACUUUGGUCAAAAACCUAAAAGAUUCCCAAUAUGAUUUGGUUCUUGCUGAUCCAGCCAUGGGUCCAGGUCCUGUGUUAGCUAAAUAUCUUAAACUGCCUUUAGUCCUUAAUGUUCGCUGGAUUACAAGUGGAGAAGGUCACUUUAUUUUGGCACCUUCACCCCUCUCUUACAUCCCAGUGCCUGGAUCUGGCUUAACUGACAGAAUGGAUUUUAUCCAGAGGGUGAAAAACCUUUUUUUCUAUAUUAUAAUACAGUUCCAGGAAAAGUUUCUUGUGGGACCUAUCUAUUCUAAUUUGUGUAAUAAAUACAUUGAAGGUGGAUGUGACAUUGUCUCACUGCUUCAAGGUGCUGACGUUUGGUUGUUUAGGUCAGAUUUUGUGUUUGAGUUUCCUCGGCCAACAAUGCCAAAUGUUGUCUACAUUGGAGGGUUCCAGUGCAAACCUGCACAGCCUCUACCAGCGGACCUGGAGGAUUUUGUUCAGAGUGCUGGAGAACAUGGAGUCAUCAUCAUGACUCUGGGAACUUUGGUCAAUGCUUUACCCAAAGUGAUUGCAGAUGAAAUUGCCAGUGUUUUUGCCAAGAUGCCCCAAAAGGUGAUUUGGAGGCACAAAGGGGAGCAUCCCUCUACUUUGGGCAACAACACUCUAAUAGUGGACUGGAUGCCACAAAAGGACCUUCUCGGCCACCCGCAGAUCAAAGUCUUCGUCGCUCACGGAGGAACAAAUGGAGUCCAGGAAGCCAUUUACUAUGGAGUCCCUGUGCUUGGCAUACCCUUGUUCUUUGACCAAUAUGACAACCUUUUACGUUUGCAGGAAAGAGGAGCAGCAAAGAUUAUUCAACUAGCUGAUGUAAAUGGUCAAACGUUUGAGAAGACUAUUAAAGAACUGCUCCACAUAGUCAGCUACCGGGAAAACAUGCAAAGACUUUCAAGCUUGCACAGAGAUCAGCCGAUGCCACCCAUGGAUCAGGCUACUUACUGGGUAGAGUAUGUGAUGCGCCACAAAGGAGCCCCUCACUUACGCACAGAGGCUUAUGGGAUGCCUUGGUACUCAUACUAUUGUUUAGAUGUUCUAAUUUUCUUGGUGACAACUGUAACUUUGCCCCUCUUUUCUAUUUUUGUCAUUACAAAAUGUCUUUGUUGUACAAAGAAAAGGACAAAAACCAAACAGAAUUAAUUUGAGUCAACCUUGCUUAGAAAUAUAGGAACUGUCCAAAAUUGCUUUAUUUGGACAAAUGCAUUGUCUCUUUUACAAUGCCCCCCAGUGCCAAAAUUAAGAGCAUUUUCUAAAUAAAACAACAUCUAUCAAGAAAUUAUGAUCUCACUAAUUUAGUAGGAAUAAACUAGUAUUAAUGUUCUGCUUGUCACUGAUUCUCAUUACUUGUAAAAGUUUGAUUCCAAUUAUGAUUCACAGACGGCAGGAAACCCGACGGGAGUUCUUCUUUAGCUGAUGUUGUCUGGAGUACAGACAGUACCUGAUAGAAAGUCCUGACCCAAUUUUUGCACAUGUAAAAAAUAAUUUAAAAUGUGUUUGCCAUGUUGUACUUUUAUGAAUUGUUUGAAAAUUUGACUGAUGUGAAAAUGCCACUAGACAAUUCAGGGGAAUUAAAUUCUAAGUUGCUAGAUUUCUGACAGUUUCUCAACUUGUCAACAAUACUUUUAACACAAAGUGGUUUGAAUUUCUUGGCUAAAAGCUGUCUCUCAAGCUCUUUAAGUUUUUUUUAAAAAACAAUGCAAGUUAUAAAUGUACAGUCUACUUUAAAGGGUAUGUAUAAUUAUUUUGGUUACUUUUCCUUUCCAACUUGCUGUAUAGUAGAGUACUUGUAUACAUUUCUGUGAUUGAAAUCAGGAAAUGUGUUAAAGUGACACGAUUUGUGUGUGCUGUUUGUUCACUAUUGUUCUCUAGCAAAUCUUUAAGGCCUUUAUUUAACAGUUUGGUGUGUUUACUGAAAAUAAAUUACUCAGUUGUCCUUUUGCUUAUUAGGUAAUUUCUGAAAGCAGUUGGUUGCAUUGGAUUUCAAUCAGGAACAUAGGAUGGUGACUAAAUAGUAUUGCCAGCUACACUUUUCAGAUUCUGAUUGUGGUUUUGAUGUUAGAUGCAGGUCACUUUAAAAUGUUAACAUCUCUUCUGCUGUUGGUGAAUAAUUUACAUAUUAUUCUCCUAGUACAACAUUAUAUAUUGUAGUUUGAAGAAAAGCUCUCCAUAUAACCUAAUAACUUUAACAUCUGCAGCAGUUUACACAGAACAAGUCAGAGUAAGUGUAAGAAGAAGCAUACAGUCCUUAUCCGGUUUGUCCUAAUCUGCCUCAUUCAGCCUGUUCGCAGCUCACGUUCUUUUCCUGUCUCUGCCUUGUUUCAGAUGACUUGGAAAAUAUUUCUAUCAUUGUAGUCUAAUGAGAUCAUGUUUCUGUGUUGAAAGCUUUUCCCUUGAGAGCUAUAAAUGAAAAAAACUACACUCUCUUACUACUGUGUGAAUGUUGAAGGGAUAUAAUCACCAAACAAGAACUAUGUUAAAUGGGGGAAAAAAAAACAAAACAUGUACAACCUCUUGAUAGUAUUCACGCUUGUUUAACUUUGUCAUAUUCUAUAACGUUAAAGCUACAAUCUUGAGUGUACUUUACUUUACUUUAAAACUGUAUUCUUUUUUUUUUUUUUUUUAACAAUAAUCCACUGCCUUUUGUUUAGUCAUCAAAUAAUAUCUCAACAUUUCUGGCUGUACUCAGAAAACAAUAUGACAAAGUUAUGAAUCCUUUAACUUUUUCAUAUUAUGAAACAAUAAAAUUAAGAUGGAACAUUUAAAACUUUAUUACAUUCAGAAAGCCUGAACAUGUGACUGUUUUAAGUUUACCUAUAUUUAUGCUAACUUCAUUUUACAAUAAUACUCCUUUUAAAUAAGAAUUGUUUACAUAUUCUAUAUACAAGUUUGCAGUUCAUCUUUUUUCCAAUAAAUCAUGUAAUAGUAGAA